UCUGCGAUACGUGGUGCGAGGCGGUCGUGUGCGCGGAACUCUGGUCUUUCUUCAGGGGCUGCGACUUCUGGCUGUUGAUCGAGAAUCCCACUGAAAGCCCCUUGGUGGUGGGCCAAACACGUUGGUAGAAACGCCGGAAUUGAUCCGUCGGUUAGCGGGUAGUGAGUUCGAAUUCGCGUCAGCGAUAGCGCAAGACAGCGUCUGAUCUGCCAGCGCGAUCUGAAGAGCGACUGGGUCCCGCAGUCCGCGGUUCGGACGCAAAGCGGUUGUCGCGCCGCUCCAAAUCCGAGUUCGAGUCGCCUCCAGGUGAAUAAUAUAAACACGGUGGCCGAAUGCAGUGCGAAGAGAAUGCCAUUUCCGAAAAGUCACUAAGAAAUUCUGUGAAAGCGCCUCACUCUGGCCGAGUGCAGUCGACAGGCUCGCCAGUAACUGUCGGUCCAGCGAAACUACUGGGAAGGAGCUACACCCAAAGUCGUUGGCAAGGAGAAUUGCGUCUUGGAUACGAAGCAAUACCAUAGUGAGAACCGCAGUGCCACAGGAUGACGUGCGGCAUAUCAUGUGUCGAUAAGACACUAAACAAAUCGUUUUACCAUCUGGGAAUUUGCAUAGCCAAACAUCCUGGCUAUUUUAUUAUCAUUCCGGUGCUGCUGACGCUGCUCUGCAUGACGGGCUACCAACAGCUCAAGUAUCAAAUAGAUCCAGAGUAUCUGUUCUCGCCGAUUGCGGGGGAGGGCAAGACUGAGCGUGCCAUUGUUGAACAAUACUUCAAAGUUAAUUAUACGCAUCGUUUCAACGUCGGACGCAUAACGAGACCCGGUCGCUUCGGGCGAGUCAUCGUAAUAACAAAAGAUGGGGAUCAAAAUAUGAUCAGGCGCGAGGUGUUCCAGGAAUUGCGCCAGCUAGACAACCUCAUCCAGAAUGCAACCACGACCUACGACGGGGAUACGUAUACUUACAAGGACAACUGCGCCCGGUGGGAAAACGAGUGCUUUGAGAACGAUAUUCUGAACCUGGAUGCGCUGAUGGAUGAUAUCGAAUCGGGUCAGCUGAAUCUGACAUUUCCUUUCAUGUUCAAUCCAGUCACGUGGGAUGCCCACCUGUUUCCUGUCUUUUUUGGCGGCACCAAGCUGACCGAGGACAAUAUUGUGAUCAGUGUUCCGGCCAUUCAGUUGGUUUAUUUCGUCACCGCAGACACUAAACGGCAGGAUGCAAAGGGUGCCGAAUGGGAGGAAACCUUCCUGAGGGUAGUUGGCAAUGCCGAGGACUCGGGUGUCUUCAAGCACAUCUCGGUCUCGUACUUUGCCUCCCGCACCUUGGACCACGAACUGGAGAAGAAUACGAAGACUGUGGUGCCCUACUUCAGCUCAACUUUUCUGCUCAUGGGACUCUUCAGCAUCAUCACCUGCAUGAUGGGCGAUGCAGUUCGCUCGAAGCCCUUCUUGGGUCUCAUGGGCAAUAUCUCGGCAAUUAUGGCCACCCUGGCAGCGUUUGGCCUGGCUAUGUAUUGCGGCAUUGAGUUCAUCGGCAUCAAUCUGGCUGCCCCAUUCCUGAUGAUAGGCAUCGGCAUCGACGACACCUUUGUUAUGCUGGCGGGUUGGCGUCGCACCAAGGCCAAAAUGCCGGUUGCUGAACGAAUGGGUCUCAUGAUGUCCGAGGCGGCCGUGUCGAUCACAAUAACUUCGGUCACCGACUUCAUUUCUUUCCUGAUCGGGAUCAUCAGCCCCUUCCGAUCGGUCAGAAUCUUCUGCACGUACUCGGUGUUCGCAGUCUGCUUUACGUUCAUGUGGCACAUCACAUUCUUCGCCGCCUGCAUGGCUAUUUCGGGCUACAGGGAGCGAAAGAACCUGCAUUCCAUCUUUGGCUGCCGGGUGCAGCCUAUGUCGGUUGCAAUCAAAGAGAAGCGCAACUUCCUCUACAAGGCGAUCAUGGCUGGUGGCAUCGACCACAACGAUCCGGAUAACCCCAUCGACAACAAGGACCACAUGCUGAUGGCGUUCUUCAAGGACAAGCUGGCCGCUGUAAUUAACAACAAGUGGUGCAAGGUGAUUAUCAUCUUGGCCUUUGCGAGUUAUCUGGCGGGCGCCUGUUACGGAAUUACCCAAAUAAAAGAGGGCCUCGAACGGCGAAAGCUCUCCCGGGAGGACUCGUACUCGGUGGAGUUUUUCGAUCGCGAGGAUGAUUACUACCGCGAAUUUCCAUACAGAAUGCAGGUCAUUAUUGCUGGCCCGCUGAACUACUCGGAUCCCGUGGUGCAGGAGCAGGUGGAAAACCUAACCAGUACUCUGGAACAGACCUCGUACGUGACCUCCAGGCGCUACACAGAGUCCUGGCUGCGGUCGUUCCUAUCCUUCCUGGAGCGCAACAACGAGCUGCUUAACGUCACUGUGGACGACGAGCAGACAUUCAUUGAUGCAGUGAAAUCGCACUGGCUGUUCCCCGGGAACCCUUUUUCCCUGGACGUACGCUUUAACGACGACGAAACCCAGAUCAUUGCGUCGCGCUUUCUCAUCCAGGCUGUGAACAUCACGGACACCAACCACGAAAAGGAGAUGGUGCGGGAUCUGCGAAAGAUUUGCAAGGACUCGCCACUUAACGCCUCGAUAUUCCAUCCCUAUUUCGUGUUCUUUGACCAGUUCGAGCUGGUUCGUCCGGUUUCACUGCAGGCUAUGGUGAUCGGGGCCAUUAUCAUGAUGAUCAUCUCCUUCGUCUUCAUCCCUAACAUCUUGUGCUCCUUGUGGGUGGCCUUCUCGGUCAUCUCUAUUGAGCUGGGCGUUGCCGGCUACAUGGCCCUAUGGGACGUUAACCUAGACUCCAUUUCGAUGAUUAACUUGAUCAUGUGCAUUGGCUUCUCAGUGGACUUCACCGCUCACAUCUGCUACACGUAUAUGUCCUCGAAGAAGCGCAGUCCCAAGGCUCGCGUCCGCGAGGCCCUUCACUCCCUGGGUCUACCUAUUGUGCAGGGUUCCAGUUCAACCAUUCUUGGUAUUGUGGCCCUUCUGUUGGCCCAGAGCUACAUUUUCCUGGUCUUCUUCAAAAUGGUCUUCCUGGUGAUUUUCUUUGGAGCCAUGCACGGUCUCUUCCUGCUGCCUGUGCUACUCUCGCUCUUCGGGCCCGGAUCCUGCCUCACCUGGACGGGCAAGGACGACGGAAGCGACUCAGAAGUGGACGAUAGCCUGGAGGACCGGCAUCUGGAGAAGCCCUUCUCGCAGUCUUACUACAUUCAAUACCCCACCAUGGGUCCGUAUGGCUCGAAGGGCUUUAUGGGAGCCCCGUACAAAGCCUACGGCGUGGAUGAGAAAGACCUGGGACUGGGCACCUCAGGCGAGGACUCCUCAGAAAGCAGCUCGAGUCGAUCGCAGCGCCGUCAGCAACAGGUUGCCACCGCCGAGGACGAGGUUGUGGUCCGGGAGUCUCCGAGUCGGAGGUACGAGGACGGCUGGCGCCGCUCUUCCUACCAGAAUAUUUUUGGACGUGGCGCAGCGCAGUUUCAGGCUCAGCCCGAGCUCUACGGCCAGCAGGUUUCGGCGGCAGAGUGGCGCCAGCGCCUAGAUACACACGAGCAGCAGCAGCGCCAGCGACACCGCAGGGUUCCUCACGAUAACUACCGCCCGGAACUGGAGAUGGACAUGCAGAGGGCGCGGCGCAACUCGCACGGCGACGUCAUCGACAUGCACGGAACGCCCAACUCUUCAGUGGACGAGCGAAUAAGAAGGCAGACAGAGCCCUUCAGUGCCGGCAGCGGCGACGACAGCAGCUACCGCCAUCAGCAGGGGCUGGCUAUGUCGCCGCCCGCUGGAGCCGUUCCUUCAGCUAAGCGGUAUCAUCGACGACGAUCUUCGGAGGAUUCGACUAGCCGGUACCAACGUUGGCCGGCGAACAUUGAGGAGCGAAGGGCACGUCGCACCCACUCUCCUGCCCACUCCUACCGCUCCUCCUCGCACCACAAUCUCUACCAGCCCAACGGGAAGGGGUCAAAGCAUCCGCCCACCUACCAGUACGGAGACUACUUCCCGUAAGGCGCGUUAUGUGACGGGAUUAUUUCUAUAAUGUGGGUGGGUGCGUCCACCUUUUAGAGAGAUUUACCAAAAAAGAAAAAUAGUAUUUGGACAAUACUAAAACAAGGAAUUGUUAUAAUCAAAAACUGUAUUCUUUCUCGAGCUCUAAAUAUUGUUAUAGGACUGAGAACGUAAAGGAUUUGUGUUAUAAGUCGAAAUGCCUCAGAAUUGUCCACAGAUUACUUUUUGAUAUUUUGGUAGUUACGUUUUUUGGCAUCUAUUGCAAACAACCCAUCCAGGUAUAAAGCAGCAUAGAGGGGAGCAGAGCAAAUUUUCUUGUCAAACUUAAAAUAAGUUAGGGCUGUUUUUUAAAGAAAUCAAACCAUUUUCUGUCUUCAAUUCUCUUAAGCUUGCCCUGCGUAGACUACAUAUCAACGAAUAUCGAACCAUCGAACCAUCGACUCUCACACUGGUCCCAGAGAUUAUUUUCGAUUUUAACUAAAAAUGUACUGGUUGAUAAAGGCUAUUUAUCACUAUCAUCUUAUUCAUAACAACUCGAGUUAGACAGCUUAAUGUACCAUCUCCACACUACUAUACUUCUUGAGUCAUACGUUGGGCUUCCCACAUCAGUGUUUAUUUAAAUUAAUUUAGACGUAGUGCGAGUGCGUGUUCGAUUCUGUUGUAUAGCAAGAGCAACACUAAGUAUAUAUUUAAUAACUAAUAAAUGAUAAGAGUGGCCUAAUAAAGGCUUAGAUGCUUAGCUCUGUAAGAUAUUUUGAACAAGGUUGUAAAGCGUUUACAAUGUUUUCUAUUUAAUAAAAUUUUAUAUUUUCCUAGAAA